UACUGCGGUCGUUGUGACUGCCGUAGAGUCGGUGGUGAACAGCCAAAACCGAUUAUUUUAGACAAAAAGGAGUCUUUUAAAGGGAGUAUUUUCUAUUUAUUUCCGUAGUUUAAAUAUAGUCGGUUAAAGAUGGCGGAAAAAUUUGAUAAUCUGGAGGAGAAUCUGGAGAAAUUUAUCGAGAAUAUUCGACAGUUGGGAAUCAUCGUCAGCGACUUCCAGCCCAGCAGCCAAGCAGGACUCAACCAGAAGCUAAACUUCAUGAUAUCUGGACUGCAAGACAUCGAGAAGUGCCGUCAACAGCUCCACGAGAUCAACGUACCGCUGGAGGUCUUUGAAUACAUCGACCAAGGUCGAAACCCUCAGCUGUACACCAAGGAAUGUCUGGAGAGAGCCUUGGCGAGGAACGAGCAGGUCAAAGGGAAGAUUGACACCAUGACGAAAUUCAAGAGCCUUUUAAUCUCCGAGCUCGGCAAAGUCUUCCCAGAGGAGAUGGUGAAGUACAAGGCUAUACACGGAGAAGAUGCCCCCUCCUAGUGACCACUGCCACCCCAGACCUUCAGCCUGUGAGCCUUGAAUUGAAAGCCUGAACUGAGUUUGACCAAGCAGGUUGCCCCAGAAUAUGAUAAAAACCUUGUUAUUAUUUCUCGUAAAUAACGUGAUGCUGUUGCCGACUAAGAGUUUUCUUUUAAUUUCUGCUCAGCACCGUGACUCAGCCAAACCUGUCCUUUUCUCUCCAUUUAAACUUAAUUUAAAGAAAUGUAAAUCAAUAGCGAGUAUGUGGGAAGAGUGGAGAAGGGAGAGCGAUCAUUUUCAGCUCUGGGUUGAUGUGCUGCCAGGAGACACAUUUAGUUUUAAUGUCCUGUUGAUGAUGCAUGGGCACUCAGUGGGCAGCAGAGGCCGUUUCCACAACUCCUAACUGUACGGAAGAUAAAUGUUCAGGAGCUGCAAGGCACCAAUCUGACUUUACUCCCAUCAGAUGUACAUACAGUAUAUUUAUACUCUUACACUUUUGCCUUUUGUAAUGCUUCCUAAUCAUUGUGCAACAUACGUUUGUACCACAACACAGUUCAUGACGUUUUGUAUCGAGCUCAGGUUUCUAAUGGCCACGAUGAUUGAAUGCAAAUGCUCUUUGAUGGUAAUUCUGUGCCUGAUCGCUUGUCGUGGUCAGAAAUGAGUCCACUCUUUAUUUGUACCUUGUUUGUAUUAUAAUAGUUUUUUGUUAUUAAAUGAUCCUUGUCGGACUGGU